AUGUUGAGUCUCUGGGAUGCUAAACAGCUGGUGCGUGUGGUGAAGAGCCGUCAAGAAGCAGAGCAAACUCCUGGCAUGGCGCAGGGCUUUGCAGAGACUUCGACGCCGGAUGAGUUUGUCGAGCAGGGCCGGACGCUCUUGAGCAGCCAGCGCUACGACCCGGCGAUCCUAUGCUUUAGCCGCGCACGGGACGGUGGGCACGCGCUUGCUGAGUUUUGGAGGCUGUAUGCCCAGGCGAUGCAGCUGCAAAGCAGCGCCUCCAACACGCAAGGGGAGCGCUCCAGAAGGGACUUUCAGUGUGCGGGGAAGGCCUUUGCCGACCUGGCUCAGGCAAUGGCUGCAUCACGUGAAGGACUCGGUGCACUUCCGGAAGAGCUGGGCGUGAGCCGAUGCCGCUUGCGGGCUGCAGAUUGCUUCUUGGAUGGAGGUGAGCUGGAACUGGCUGCCCGGAUGUACGAGCUGGAGCACCGGUGGAGUGAGGCCGCGCAACUCUGGGAAGCGCGAGAGAGGUGGCUGAAAGCAGGUCGUGCCUGGGAAGCAGCGGGUCAGCACAAGAAGUCCUUGGAGGCUUUUGCCCGGGGACAUUGCUUUCAGGACUACCGCCGUGUGGCGAGGAGUCUGCGCGUAGCGGGAAGCGACGAUGAGGAGAUCCACAGGCUACAUCGAGAUGUCCUCAGACAGCUGGCUCAGGACCUGGGUACAGGCGCACACGUCCAGGCAGCCUCGGUCGCCUCUCGCAGAGCGGAUGCGAGAGAGAUUCUGUCCUUCUUGCGAACCGGCCCCAAGUUUGACAUCUUCCUCCGGAAUCUCAGAGUCCCGGGGCUGGAGGUGGAGGUCUUAGCGCAGCAGGGUCGUUAUGUGGAGUGCCGAGCUCUGUGCUUGGAGAAGAUGGACUGGAUCAAGGCCCAGGAGUUCGAACGCCUUGCCGGGAACACGUCGCAUGCUGCUCUUCUGCUGGGAUGUUUGAGGUCGAUCGGCAUCACGCCAAGCUCUUCAUCCUCGCAGCGGAUCGGAAGCUUCACGCGCAGAGAGUGCUGGGUCCGGCUCCAGCAGGAGCGAGAAGUCUUGGCUGGAGACGAAAGGCUUCUGGUGGAGGCUCUACGAGGCCUGGCAGAGAACAUCGAAGCUCCGGGAAGUGCCUGGCUGCGUGACUUCUGGGAGUCCUGGGACCUGCCUGUCCAUGCACGCCUCGCAGGGCACGCGCUGCGCUUGCAAGUUGCCGCGGUUGCGGCGGCCGCCAAGCAGGAUUUCGUGAACUUCCGCGAGUUGAAUGUUGUCCAGUGGCUGGGCCAUCUGAACGACAAGAUCUUGGAAGUCUUGGCGGCCUUGGAACGAUCCUUGUCAUACAGGGGCGCAGAGGAGCCGUGGCUGGAGCCGUUUGUCAAGGAGCUGCUCUUGGCUGAGCUUCCAUCCCUGUCUCCAGGCUUUCUGGUGCUGUCAGAGUUUGCAUCCGACGAGGAACGGAGCAUGGAUAGGAGUGCCAUCUUCUUGCUGGCACAGCGGAUCCUCCACAUACUUCGGACUUGCUUGUGUGGCCUGCAACUUCAAUAUUGCAAGCAGCUCCUGAGAUCAACCACUCCCUGUUGGAGCCAGCUGAUGCACGGCCAAUGCAGUAAUGACGGCUGCUCCCGGGCUCACUCCUGGGGCCGGAUGGAGGGGGAUGCCUUCGCUGCAGCAGUGCGAUUCGCUUCGAAGUAUCUUGAAACGGCCAGGCGCCUCGUGGGAAGCUCGGAGGUUGCAGCUGCUUGCAGGUCACUUCGCAGAGAGGACGUGAUCAGCAAAGUGCUUCCGUGCCUUGCGUCGUGUGAAGAGGAGCUCUACCGUUCUUGCCUUCCCUACUGGCACAGCAUGGCGUGGCUUUCACCCGAUUCACAGGCUGGGGCAGCUGCGCAGGCUGCACGAGAGUCACUUCUUCAGAGGCGAAUCGACGAACUUCUUCGCGCCGUCCGUGCACGACUACGAUCACACUGGUUGGGCGUCGAAGAUGUUCUAAAGGCACCUUUGGUGCUGUGCCCCUUAGUGGACUUCCACGGCCUACCAUCCCUUCGACAGCAAGUGCAGAAGGACACAGCAUGGGCACUGGCCAGCAAGAUGCUGUCGAUCAUGGAGACUUUGCAGGCGGAGAACCCAGCCAGAGGACAGCUUCAGGAGACGAAAAGACCGACGUAUGACGAUCUCUUGAAUUUCUUCGAGAUGACCUGUGAGGUGGUUCAGCACUUGGCAACUUCGUGGAGGAAUCUCCGAACAGGCGAACGCUACCCAUACUGCCCGGAAGUGGUGUGUCACCUGCUUGAGCAAGGAGUGGUUUGGGCAAAUGUGCUCCUAACCCGAAUGAGCAACACCACUCUGCCAGAGAGCUAUGUGCGAAUGCAUCUGAGCCAUUAUCCACACCUUGCCGGCCUGGCGGCACGGAACGAGCUUCCACAAGGCAGAAGACAGAAAGUCAUUGUUGCCUUGCGGACCUUCGCAGACGCUGCUGCUAACUUCCUCAAGCACUCGGACCACUUCCAGAACUGGGUGGAAGCUACAGUUCCUGAUGCGCAGCAUGGCGCCAGUUAUUGUCUACGGCUGUUCAUACUCAUUUUCAGCUCGGGCACCAUCAAUUGGCUGCGGCACCAGCGCAACACCAACGUUUGCUCUGCAAUUCGCUGGAUUGGCUUUGAGGAUAGAUUGCGGUUGAUGAACGGAGGUUCUCACGACCUUUGCGCCGGGUCGUUUCCCAAGAAGCUUCAGUGGCUGGUUGCUGGACCGCCCAGGGAUGAAGCUGCAACCACUGGACGCAAGUUUGACCGCAUGACUCCAUGGGUCCAUUCAGUGCUCAGCGACUUGAAUAACCCCCUUGUCAUCCUACACCGGGAAGCUUGUAGCGACUCGCCACCUAGUUGGACAUACGGGCAGCGCCACUUCGAGUUCCAUCGGGAGGAGUUUGUCAAGGAGGAGAACUUGCCGAAGCUCUAUGCCUGCCUCAACUGUACGCCCGAAGGCCCUAUUUGGGAGGAGACAGACGAGAGUUGGAGGCCUGGUUGGGUUUCAGUGUCCCAUCCGCCAGUCCGACGGGUCAUCGUUUUCGCGCCAGGGCAGGAGGGAUGCGACUUCUCCGGCUUCUCUGUGGUGAAGUCUCCGCAAGAAUCAGAGAUCUCUCCACCGGAAGACUCCGACCACCAGGGUGGCUUCGUUCUCAACACGGAUGCCAGCAACGACACGAACCAGGAGCACCACUUCGAGGGUGAUUUGGAGGCUGCUGCUCCUCUGGCAGUGGAAGCCAAAGCCCUUCCUCUCCACGUGGUCCUAGGGCUCCUGAUCGCGCUGAGGCGCAUCCGACUUCGACUUGCCGCCACAUCUGGGCCCCGAGAUGUGCUUGUGCGAAGCUCCUUAGCAUGGCUCGCGCGUGAGCAGGCGUCACUUCAAGAACGAAAGAUCUACCUUCGCUCCGUGGUGCCCGUCCUCGCCAAAUGUCAGGAGGAGGCCAGGUUGAACGCGCUCCGCCAGGAGGUCGGACAUCGAGCCGGAUCGCAGGAGGAGAAGGACGCAUCCAUGCAAGUCCAGGAGCUCUUGGAUGAGAUGCAGGUGCUUGCCACCGAGUUCCGCCAAAGCCAUGAGCAGCAGCGGGUGCAGGAUGGUCUGGAGCAGGAUGUCGCCGCCUACUGGUCUAGCCAUCGCAGCUGCUUUGAGCAGCUGCUGCGAGCCACACGCAUCCUCGACUUGCAGCAUCGGCUGUUGACAGAGAAGCAUGUCGCCCAGUUGCGAAAGUGCCUGCAGAACCUCCCCUCGAAGCCCAAGACUGUCCGCCGUUGGAAAAAUCGCAAAACCACGCCGGCGAGGUGA